AUGGACGCCCGUCCGCUUUCUGCGGAUUUGGACCUUUUCAUGGACACCCUGCCGGUCCUGCCCUACGACAGCUUCACCCAGGGCCACAACAUAUUCUUCCAUGAGGGACUGCAGGCGGACUCGCCCCUGGACUCCGGGAGCCUAGAAGCGUCGGGGAGUGGCGGGGCCCAGUCCUCCGAAUCCCCCACGGCCGUGAUCCAGGAUGACCACAAGUCUGGGUCCAGCAAGCCGCGGGGCGGCAAGAAGGGCGGCACCAAGGGCAAGGACCAGGAGCAGCUGGAGCGCAUCCGUGCCAAGAACAGGAGGGCACAGAGCAGGUAUCGCGCCAAGCUGAAGGCACAGGCGCAGGACACCGUCCAGAGCCACGAUCAGGUGGCGGACGAGCUUGCGCGGCUGCGACUGGAGAACGCGGCGCUGGCGCACUCCAACGACCUGAUGGACCGCGUGCUGACGGUGCGGGAGGAUUACAUGGCGAGCCUGAAGGGCGGUGCCGAGGACGCCGCCCUCGGCGACGCCGUCCCCGGCUUUGGCACUGUCACCGACUCGCGACGGCCGCCCUCGGCGCCGUACCCCGGGCACUCGCCCGAGGCCGACGCGGCGGCGCGGCAGGCGGCCGCCACCUGCGGCGUCACGGGCCUGUCGGCCGCGGAGGUGGCCAAGAUCAAGUGCUCAGACCCGGCGGCCGUGGUGGCAGCCUGGCAGGCGCUGGUGCCGCGGCUGGAGGACGCGCUGACGCAGCUGCGCGGCGCGCGCGACGCCGACUCCCGCGCGCUGGCCUGGACCGGCAUCCAGGAGGCGCUGCACGACGCGCGCAUGUACUGCUUCGAGCACGCGGUGUACAAGCCGCACAACAUCCAGCAGCUGCUGGGCGCCAACCUGGGCGUGGGCCGCGACGGGGACGGCCCGGGCCCCGACCACUGGGCCUUCGUGGCCGCCGAGCUGGAGCUGGACCAGGCCCAGCGCGCCGCGCUGUCCCCUCUGCGCGACGUCUUCCUGCGUCGCAUCUCCCGUGUCAUGGCGGAGCGGCGCGCCGUGCUGGGCGCGCUGGCCGCCGCCACGCCGGCCAGCAGCCUGGCGGCGCUGCAGCAGUCCACCGCCGACUGGCUGCGCGUGAAUGCCGCCACCUCGGAGUUGUCCGCCAACCUGCAGCAGGAGCACAUGGUGUGCAUGGAGUUUGUGUCGCGGGGCUUCGGCGGAGUGCUCACCCCCCUGCAGAAAGCUAUUGCCAUCGUCCGCUCGUACCCGUACUUCCCCGACAUCUACAGCGACCUGCCUGUCGCCCUGGACGCCGAGCCCGUGCCCAGCAUGGGGCGAGGCACCACGUGCACCGCAAAGACCGCCGAGGAGCGGUUGGCGCGCCAGCGCGAGCGCAACAAGCUGGCGCAGAAGCGGUACCGUGCCCGCAAGCAGGCUGCAUCCCAGGCCCAGGGGAUGAGUCUGGCCCAGGCCCGGGAGGCGCUGGUCACCGCCCGCGCCGAGGCGGCGGUGCUCGCCUCCCAGCAUGGCAUCCUGGAGCGCCUGCUGGCGGUGCAUGACGCCAGCCUGAGCAUCCUGGGCGAGCACCGGCACCACGGCGCCUGCCCCGCCUGCAACUACGCGGAGCCGGGCAUCACCCCGGGCCAGCUGGCCGUGCUGCACGCCGUCUGCGGCGACGGCGAGCGCUGGCGGGGCUGGGCGCUGGGCCCCGACGAUGCCCGGCGCUUCGCCGCGCUGAGCCCCGAGGUGGUGACCGAGCGCUGGCUGGGCAGGCGGCGCACGCUGGUCGACGUCUGCGACCAGCUGGUCCAGCGUGGGGGCCGCUGCCCAGCCCUGGAGGCCCACCUCCAGCGCGUUCUGGACGAGGGGAGGUUGCUGAUGUGGCGCGUGGCGCACUACCUGCCCGGCCGCCUGGCGGAGGUGGGGCGAAUGAGGAGGGACGCGCCCAGCGACCACUGGGAGGACGUCGUUAGGCGGCUGGGGCUGACCCGGGACCAAGGGUGCGCAUGUCUCGCAGUCGCGCAGGCUGCCCGGCGGCAGGUGUCCAGCGUGCGUGGCAGGGGUCAGGGCCAGGAGGUCGACAGUGAGGGAUCGGAGAUGGAUGGGCUGGUGUGA